AUGUCGUCGUCGUACUCUCAGAUGCGACCGUUGACCGGUGCUGGGCCUGCACCGGGUCAUACGGCGAACAGCAUGAGCACGAGCGAGGCCCAAGGCAGCGGAGCCAACACGAUGCGACGGCGCAAGUACUCUUCGAUAUCUCUGAUGCGGGGGAGUCUAUCAACGAGCGAAAACAAGGACAAUUUCCUCGUAUACCUCAGGCGAAGAGGGGCUUCGGCGUUGAGCCUGCUGGCAGGGGUCCUGAUCGGGCUCAUCAUUGCGAGUGCGCUGAUGGGGGUUAGCGUGAGUUCGAGAUCAUCGUCUCCACGUUGCCUGGAUGGGGUUGUGACCAAAUUAUAAUUACAUUCGUUUCAAUGGCAAUCAUACUACCAGAGCGGAAGGUCGAGUUGGCAUCCCUCCGGUGGAUCGCUCAGCACGAACUGGAAUCCUCGGACGAAACAGACAUCACUACCGACACUCGAGCAACGCGAGCGCAUCAUCAAAGUGCUCGGCACCUUGACAGGUCGACACACACGAUUCUGCUUGCGCAAGGCGCAAAAGGCCUAUCGACGCCAAGUGUACGAGCGCUACGAGCCCAUCGUCGGGUACCAGAGGAAGAACUCGCGGCGCGGGGUGCUCUCGCGACUCGUACCCAACCUUCUCAAGAAGAGGGGUCUCUUCUCGCAUUCGGACCAUGAAGAGACCGAGAUUAACAAAAUCUUUCACUCGGACUCGCGGAAUGGGGGUAAAGGCAUGUCGCAGGGGCACAAGUACUACUUUGCGAUCAACUUGGUACGCUCCAUCGGACUCCGUCCUUCGCGUGGAUCGCGCUAAUUCACCCAUCCCACGCACGUAUGCACGCAGUACAACUCUUUCGACAUUAUCCCCGAUCUCUUUUCCAACAUGUUCCGAGUCUCGGCGAUCUUGGGGUACAACAACGUCUUCAUCUCGGUCUACGAGAACGGCUCGUCGGAUCAAACGAAGGCUCUUCUGCGGGUCUUUGACGCCCUCUGUCGCUCCGUCGGACUGCGUGUCAUGAUCCGAUCAUCGCAGCGUCGACGUGGAGCGUUCGCGCACCGUAUCGAGUACCUCGCCGAGGUGCGCAAUGCUGCGCUUGUACCACUCCAAGAACUUCGCGAUGCGACGGGCGAAGUCUUUGACUCGAUCAUCUUCAUGAACGACGUCUUGCCCUGCGUGGAUGACCUGCUCGAGCUCAUUUGGCAAAGUCGACGACAAAACGCCGGUAUCACCUGUGGUAGUGAUUACAUCUUCCACGACGAAGUGGUAAGUCGUCUCGAGCCCCCUUCUUGUUAGAUUCAGAAGUUUAUUUGCUCGCUCUUGGUUCGCUCCUCCAGGGUGCCCCGGUCUUUUACGACAAGUGAGUUUGAUACGUCGGCUCCACCAACAAGACCAGCUUGCUGAGGUGCGCUUUAUUUUUCCGCGUUCAGUUGGGUCGCUCGAGACAUCAACGGCACCGCUUUGGAGAACGCCCCCUUCGAGAACGUCUUCCACGAUACCGAAUCGACGCACCGCUUCCAGCGUCACUUGCCAAUCCAGGUACAAUCCUGCUGGAACGGGAUUGCGAUCUUGGACCCGGCACCGAUGUAUGCGCACCCGCACGUUCGGUUCCGCAUGGCGAACUUGCCCAAGGGCGAAUGCUCGGCGUCCGAAUGCUCGCUCAUUUGCAACGAUUACUGGGAGGCGGGCUACGGACGCAUUAUCAUGAUCCCGCGGGUCAAGUUGGCUUAUGAAGGGGUGAGUUGGCUCGUGUUGUCGUAUUGGUGCUCUUGAGCUCACACCAAAAAGUUGACCGUCCCAACAGAGCGUCUUCCACCUCAUCCACCCCGAGCGAAGGAACCUCACAACGAUCCGAGGCUACACCCGCCUCGGUGGGAACGCCGACGACCCGCAUUCAGAUCCGCAAGAUCGCUCAUGGCACGGUCCCCACGACCGACUGUUCCGCCAAGAAGAAUCGGAAGCGAUCGUGUUCAAGCAGCCGCCACCUUACGUGUGGUGUUGGGGUUGGGACGGGCCCGGUGAUUUGGCAGGUCCGGAUGUGGAGCCGAUUUGGGAGAAGAUGCCGAACUUGACGUUCGAUCCGGUGACUGUGAGACAUGAUCGUUCGUUUGUAGAGCUUGGAUAG